AUGGCCGUACGAAAGGAAAAGAAGGUGAAAAAUGCGGAGUCUCCUCCCGCUCAACUGAUCGCCUCGGUCGGUGCCUUUCUGACCGAAUUUGGAUUCUCGAAAACAAGUACCGCCUUCACGAAGGAACAGGCUGCUAAGUCCGUCAAAUCUUCGAGCGACGCGAAGGAUGUACCUUCAUUGUUGGAGAUCUUCCAGAACUGGGAGCACCAGACCGGAAAGUCUUCCUCCAGCUCCAGCGAUUCGGACAGCUCGAGCAGCGACGAGAGUGAUAGCAGCUCCAGCGAGUCUGACGUCGAAAUGAACGAUGCGCCCAAAUCUCAGUCCAAGAAAUCCGCCAAGAGCUCGUCUUCGUCGUCUUCGUCGUCUUCUUCGUCCUCGGGCUCCGAGAGUGAUGCCGACGACGAGGAUGAGAAUGAGGCAGCCCCUACGCCUUCCACUGCUUCCAAGCAGCAAGGAACCAAGCGCAAGGCCGAAUCCGAUUCCUCUUCGUCCGAGUCCGACUCUGAGGAGGCCCCUAAGACCAAGAAAACCAAGGUUUCGUCUUCCGGAUCGUCAUCCGAUUCGUCUUCCAGCAGCGAGAGCGACUCCUCCAACUCUUCUUCUUCUGACUCGUCUUCUGACUCCGACUCCUCGGAUUCCUCGUCUUCUGAUUCUUCGUCCGAUUCUUCUUCCGAUUCUUCUUCCGAUUCUUCCUCCGAAUCCGAAGAUGACAAGAAGGUCCUGAAAAAGGCGGCCAAGACACCACUUCCCCCUUCGGAUUCGAGCUCCAGCGGAUCCAGCGAUGACUCUUCCUCCGACUCGUCCUCCGGCUCGAACAAGAAGGUCAAGGCUACAUCCAGUGACACCAGCGGAACCCUCGACAACUCCGACAAGCCUGCUCCGGCUCAACAGACCAGCUCGUCGAGCGCCAGCCCUGCUCCUGGAAAUGGCCCGGCCCCGAGAAAGCAUACCGGUGCCCGUCCCACCCCGCUGGCGUUGCUCAGUGAACAGCCUUACGACCACCAUCCCUCCAACACCUACGUGCCUUACGCGUACGCCGAGAAUGCCUACAACGACUUGAUCGUCACCCGUGGCAAGGGCUUCACGAAGGAGAAGAACAAGAAGAAGCGCGGUUCGUACCGUGGAGGGCCGAUUGAUAUCGGCGGAGGAAAGUCCUUCAAGUUCGAUGACUAA